AUGACCAUCUCAUAUACCUUGAAAGUGGCCAACGCUCGCUUUGGGGGCUUCUCUAAGCUGCUCUUCCGCUGGAAAGGGAGCAUCUACAAGCUGCUCUACAAGGAGUUCCUUGUCUUCAUCUUACUCUAUGCAGCACUCAGUGCCACCUACCGGUACCUUCUGAAUAAGGAGCAAAAACAUAUUUUUGAAAAGGUGGCUCGAUACUGCAACCGCUCCACUGAUCUCAUCCCUUUGUCUUUUGUCCUAGGUUUCUACGUCACAUUGAUUGUGAACCGUUGGUGGGCCCAAUACACCAGCAUCCCGCUGCCUGACCAGCUGAUGUGCGUCAUUUCCAGCAAUGUGCACGGAAGGGAUGAGAAAGGGCGCAUCCUGCGGCGCAGCCUCAUCCGUUAUGCCAACCUGUCAUCUGUGCUCAUUCUGCGUUCAGUCAGCACCAGGGUGCUUAAGAGAUUCCCCUCAAUGGACCAUUUGGUGGACGCUGGUUUCAUGACGGAAGACGAGCGCAAGAAGUAUGAGAGUCUCUAUUCAGACUUCAACAAGUACUGGAUCCCCUGUGUGUGGUUCACCAAUCUAGCAGCUCAGGCCCGGCGGGAUGGGAGAAUCCGGGAUGAUGUGGCUCUCCGAUUGCUCAUGGAUGAGUUGAACCUCUAUCGCUCCAAAUGCAGCAUGCUUUUUCACUAUGAUUGGAUCAGCAUCCCCCUCGUGUACACACAGGUGGUCACCAUAGCGGUCUAUUCCUUCUUUGCCUUCUGUGUGGUUGGCCGUCAGUUCCUACAGCCCUUGGACCCAAAACAAGGAGACGACCUAGAUAUGUACGUGCCACUGCCCACACUUCUACAGUUCUUCUUCUAUGCCGGCUGGCUAAAGGUGGCAGAACAGAUAAUUAAUCCCUUCGGAGAGGAUGAUGAUGAUUUUGAAACUAACAAACUGAUAGAUAGGAAUCUCCAGGUGUCUCUGCUUUCGGUGGAUGACAUGUACCAGAACUUGCCUCCAACUGGAAAGGACAAAUACUGGAAUGAAUCUACAGCUCAGCCCCCAUACACAAUGGCUACAGUCGCAGAAACCUUGAAGCCUUCCUUCAUGGGAUCCACCUUUGACAUGCGGAUGAGUGAUGAUCCAGAGCAGAGCCAGCCGGUGGAAGCAUCACCCAGCAUGAGCCGGAUCCAGACCCCCCUACUCACCCGCUUCCUCAGUGCAGCUGCCUCCCCUGCUGUCAGCCUCAAAAAUUUUGGCAAGGGCAGCCGCAUUCACCACUCUCAUCUAUUGCGGCUGAGGACUGAGGGUACCUUCCCCUCUGCCAGCCCCAGCUUCUACCGCAGGGAAGAUCCUGAGGCAGUCGGCCGUAUUGAUGAGGAAGAGAUGGAGGAGGAUGUUGAAAGCAGGCUUAGCGAAGCCCCCACUCCUGACUCCCAGCUCAGACUCCCCCACAAGCAUGAAAAUGCAGAUACACCAAGAAAGGAAGUGCCCCGUAUUACAGUAACGGGAUCCCAAGAUGACAUCAGUAUCACUGACCAGCCCUCCAGCUAA